AUGGGCGACAAGGAGACGUUGAGAUCCUAUAACGGUUGGUAUUGGGAGACUUUCAACCAGAUAGGAGAUUGCCCCACAAAUCUCGUCAUCGCGCAAUACAAAAGGGGUCUACCAGUUAGAAACAAGUUGAGGGACUCAAUUACUAUGACGCCACCCCUCACGAUUGAGGCCCUAAUGGAGAGGGUGCACCAACAUAUCCGCGUAGAGAAAGAUAGCGCCCAGGCUAAAGCAAAAUCUGGCUCAACAGUAAUGCCAGACAAAAAGACUGCAGCAAAAGUCAACACAGUAAAACAACCAAACAGGAAUGGACGAAGCAGGCGAGCCUACAGGGAGGACCCAGAAAAAAAGAGGUUAAGAGUUCGCACUGCCAUCACCACCGUGUUCAAUAAACCCAUCUACCAAAUUCUCAACAAGAUAAAGAAUGAACCCUUCGUUCGGCAGCCAGCCAAGUUGGGAAUAGCACAAAGGGGCUACGACGAGAGGUCUCGCUGUACCUUCCAUGAUGAGAAGGGGCAUUUAACUGAAAAUUGCGCACCCUUGAGGCAACAUCUGGAAGAAUUAGUAGCUGCUGUUGAACCCUAUCAUCCUGAAAAGGUUCUUAAACAGUUUGGUAAGGUUCAGACCAUCCCACCUGCGCCACUCGACCCUGUUCGUGCUAUUAGAGGUGUCACAGCAGGCCAAUAUAGACGUAUUGAUCACGCAUUACGGAUUGCACAUCUUAUCAUUGAGGCGGGCUAUGAUGCUAGUGUUCGUGAGCCAUAUAGGUUAAAUGAGGCCAUUGAGAGGAUAGCAUGUGUUCUUCAGGAUCAACAAAUCGAUGAGGCUUGA